AUGGAGAAGCCGCGGCCGCAGUGCCUUUUCCCGCACUUGGAGCAGAGGGCCCAGCCGGAGCCGCAGGAGCAACGAGCGGGAGGGCGAUCCCGACUGAGCCGGUCGCAGCCGUCACUCAGGCCUGCACAGUCCGUCCUCUCGGCAGUGAGCACAAGCUUCGUACCGUCCCUCCCUCCAGGGCAGCUCAAGCUCACGGCGGAAGAGUCGACAGCAGACAAACCGGUCGAGGAGGCCAGGGCGAAGAGCAAAGUGAAAAAGUCGCAGUCCCAGGUCAGCGAGGCCCUUCAGCCACCUUCCUUCAGCCGACGCAGACCUACGCCUGGCGAAACUGCUGUCGCCUUCCUUCCGUAUGCUGCCAGUGAGGUUUCGUCACUGCAGAGCGGCUGGAGGCAAGACUACUGGACGGAGCCUAGUCCGCUCUUUACGCAGGGCCUGCUGUCCCAGGACGUCAGAUACGCAACAGAAUGUUCGCCGUGCAAGUGUGUUAUCAAGGAGGCAGCACUUCCGCCCUCUGGAGACAGGCAAAACGCACAGGAAUUGCAACAGCAGCAGCGCCUUCGAUGGCUGGACUCCCUGAUCAAGCAGGAAGAGGAGGGCCUCCCUUUCCAGCGACACUCCAUGUCCAAGGUGAACGCCCGUGUCUUUCCCGAGAAGUUGCUCAACCAACACCCCUGGUCACACAAGUGGCUCCCAGGCCGAGACUGCGCUCAAUUGCAGCCGCUUGUGAAGGCAACGGAGCGAGCCGCUGCCGCGUGA